AUGGCUGCAUCGCCGGUGGGGUCGGUGGUGAGCGCUGGGCUGGAUGAUAGCCCCACGGGGCUGAGCCCGGCCCCCGGCAAGGUGCUGAGCCCCGUGCUGCUGUGCAAGGUGUGCGGGGACACCAGCAGUGGGAAGCACUAUGGCAUCUAUGCCUGCAACGGCUGCAGCGGCUUCUUCAAGCGCAGUGUCCGCAGGAAGCUCAUCAGGUGCCAGGCGGGGACAGGGCUGUGCCCGGUGGACAAGGCGCACCGCAACCAGUGCCAGGCCUGCCGGCUGAAGAAGUGCCUGCAGGCUGGCAUGAACAAGGACGAUCGCUUCAUGGCUAGCCUGAUGACGGCCGAGACCUGCGCCAAGCUGGAGCCCGAGGAUGCUGAUGAGACGGUGGACGUGACGGGCGGCGAGCCAGAGCGGGCAGCCAGUGAGUACCAGGUGGCACCGUACCCGUCAGCCAGCCCCGAAAACGUCUACGAGACCUCAGCGCGUCUCCUCUUCAUGGCCGUGAAAUGGGCCAAAAACCUGCCCGUCUUCUCCAACCUGCCCUUCCGCGACCAGGUGAUCCUGCUGGAGGAAGCGUGGAGUGAGCUGUUCCUGCUCUGUGCCAUCCAGUGGUCCAUGCCCCUGGAGAGCUGCCCGCUGCUGGCCGUCCCCGAGCCAGCCCCUGGCAAGCUGCUGCCAGCUGCCCUGGACGUCCAGGCGCUGCAGGAGACCCUCGGCCGCUUCAAGGCGCUGGCCGUCGACCCCACCGAAUUCGCCUGCAUGAAGGCCGUGGUGCUCUUCAAACCAGAGACCCGCGGCCUGAAGGACCCUGAGCAGGUGGAGAACCUGCAGGACCAGUCACAGGUGAUGCUGGGCCAGCACAACUGUUCUCACUACCCCGGGCAGCCUGUCAGGUUCGGGAAGCUGCUGCUGCUCCUCCCGGCGCUGCGCUUCAUCUCCUCCGAGCGCGUGGAACUGCUCUUCUUCCGCCGGACCAUCGGCAACACCCCCAUGGAGAAGCUGCUGUGCGACAUGUUCAAGAACUGA